AUGUACUGCGAGGUGGGGCCUUCGGGCAAAGCUUUAUCGGAACCAAAAGUCGAGCGUUGCGCCUCCGUCCCUUGCCUCCAUUCUACGGGUUGCCGCGAUACGCCAAACGGAUUCCGUUGCGAUUGUGAGGCGGGUUGGACGGGGGCACGAUGUGAAGUAAAUAUAACCCCUUCACUUGCUGGUGAUUGUGGUCGGGGAUGCGCCAAUGGGGGGGCAUGUCGCGGCACUGAGUGCGAUUGUCGUCCAGGUAAAAAUUGCGAAAUCGACAUCGAAGAGUGCGAAAGUAAUCCAUGCAAAUACGAUGGCAUAUGUCUCGAACGAAGUAAUACAAGUUUGUACCAGACGCCCGAUUCUCCACCCGUGCUAGUGGGUCCGCAGCCGCAUAUGCUAUUACCACAAGUGUUUUAUCAGCCGUUCUCACUCGAAAAUGCUGGAGG